AAGUAGUUUUGUCCUAUGCUCACGAACGCACCAUGUAACCCAUGCCUUCAACGUCGACUUCCAACAUUCUGGAGUGAUUCGUGGUGUUCUGAGUCCAGUCCGAGGCACUCCCUGUGCAAAAAAAAAUAUAACAAACUCACAGGAAACCUCAGGAGAACUGUCCCAAGUCCCAACAUGCCAAACUCCACUCCUGGUGAUCCCGGUUUGACGGUUUCGGAUCCGCAGCACUCCCAGAAGCUCCUGAGAGUUCUUCGUACGUUCUGGCAGGAGCAAAGCUUCCACGAUGCGCUCUUGGUGGUGGAUGGAGAGGAGCUCCCGGUACAGAAGAACAUCCUGGCUGCAGCCAGCCCUUACAUCAGAACCAAACUCAACUACAAUCCUCCUAAAGAAGAUGGGUCGACCUACAGAAUUGAACUGCAGGGAGUCUCCAUGGCCAUUAUGAAACAGAUUCUGGACUACAUCUUCAGCGGUGAGAUCAGCCUGAGCGAGGAAACCAUUCAGGGCAUGGUGCAGUCGUCCGACCUGCUCCUCAUGACCGACCUGAAGUCACUCUGCUGCCAGUUCUUGGAGAGCUGCAUCACGGCAGAGAACUGCAUCGGCAUCCGCCUCUUCUCGUUGCAUUACUGUCUGCAGCAUGUCCACUACGUGGCCACGGAGUUCCUGCAGACCCACUUCCGUGACGUGGUGCUCACCGAGGAGUUCAGGGAGCUGCCCCACAGCCGGCUGUGUGAGCUGCUGAGCAUGGAGAAGCUCAACGUGGGCAAUGAGAAGCAUGUGUUGGAAGCUGCGGUGCGAUGGUUCACCCACGACCCGGACGAGCGCAGGGUCCACAUGAAGGAAGUGAUGUCGGCCGUGUGGAUGCAGGGCUUGGACCUGAGCUAUCUGAGAGAACAGAGCAUGGGAGAGCCGCUGAUGAGGGAGGUGAUCCGGGAAUUCUGCCAGAAGGUUCUGACAGAGGAUCCACCGCAGGGCGAGGCCAUGCUGACCGCCUUCAAACCCCGAGGUUACUCUGAGUGUAUUGUCCUCGUAGGAGGAGAAGAUCGAAGAACCAGGAAGCCCACUGCUGUGACCCGCUGCAUGUGCCCAUUGUACGACACCAACAGGCAGAAGUGGAUCGAGCUGCAGCCAAUGAGUGUGGCUCGUCUUGGACACGGGGUGGUCGCCGCAGAGGGGUUUCUCUUUGUGAUGGGGGGAACAGAUGAAAACAAAACGGUACUGGACACUGGAGAGAAAUACGACCCUGACUCCAACUCCUGGAGCCCCAUCCCCCCGAUGCUGCAGCCUCGUCAGAACUUUGGCGUGGUGGAGGUGGACGGGCUGAUCUACGUGCUGGGAGGAGAAGCCGAAGACAUAGCACUGACCACGGUGGAAGUUUUUGACCCACAUUUUAGCUCCUGGAAGUUACAGACGAGCAUGACGAUGAUCCGGAAGGUGGGCUGCUACGCCUCCAUGAAUAAGAAGAUCUACGCCAUCGGCGGAGGCUCCUACGGGAAGCUGUUUGACUCUGUUGAAAGCUUUGACCCAAAAACCCAACAGUGGACGGGCCUGUGUCCUCUGAAGGAGAGACGGUUCGGUUCGGUGGCCUGUGGUGUCAGUGAGGAGCUGUAUGUGUUCGGUGGAGUCAGAAGCCAAGAGAGCGAGAACCCUGAGCAAAGACAGAUGAUGACCUGCAAGUCUGAGUUCUACCACGACGAGAUGAGAAGGUGGAUGUUCCUAGAUGACCAGAACCUGUGCAUUCCAGCCAGCUCAUCCUUCGUGUAUGGGGCUGUUCCGAUCGGGGCGAGCAUCUACGUGGUGGGAGACCUGGAUACGGGGACGAGCUUUGACUACAUCCGAGAGUUUCGCCGCAGUACAGGGACGUGGCACCGCACCAAGCCCAUGUUACCCACGGACCUCUCCAAAACGGCCUGCGCUGCCCUACGCAUCGCCAACUGUCGCCUGUUCCGCCUCCAGCUGACCCAGGGAAUGUUCCCGAUCAGGUUGUGAGGCUCGGCACCCCAGGACAGCAACCUCCACGUCCUUUACUCACUGCUGCCCCCUACCUCCUGAUCCGGGAUGGGCGUACAAGAAAACUCUAGAUGUUGGGGAUCAUGGGUCUUUACUCUUUGACUUGAUGCAUCAAAAACUCAUGAAAACUAGUUUUUUCAUGGUUUUUUGUAGGAAUUUUAAAGUAUUUUCUGUUUAUCUUGGAACUUUAUUUUUCUGUGGUCUUUUGAAGGUCAUUCCUCAUUUUUUACCUGUUUACUGAUGGCUCGGGGAGAGAUUGAACACUAAGAUUAUCAAUGAAAUUAUGAUAUACGCUUAAUUUAGAGGAGAUUUUUGUCCUGCAGUGCAGUUUGUCUGAAGUAAGUGAUAUUUCCGAGGUAUUCUUAAAAUUAUCGUCUCAUGCUUCAUGAUAAAUGCUUUAAAACUAAAUGUUGACGAUUUAUUAAUGCACAGAAGGUAAGAUUUGUGUGUUUGUUGUUUUUUAAUUUCAGUAUUGUAGCUGGGGCAGGAUCAUAACAGCUCGUUAAAGCAGGAUUGGGAUUUAAGGGGUUAUGGUAAUAUUUAUUUUUAUACAAGACAUUUUAAAGUGAAGCUUUUAACGCAGCUUUUCUCUGAAAAUCCAACUAGAAACUUCAGAAAAUGACGAGUCACUGGUUGCUAUGGUGAUUUCCGCCUUUCCUACGCAGCAGUGGAAAACCCGCCAGAUGAUAUUUUUCAACAGAGGCCAAAUUUAAGCCUGAAAUAAACAGCCACUCUAUGGAAAUGGUACAUCGUAUCCAAAUCGUCUUGACCUGUGAGUGUCAGAACCUUCUGGUGGCGACACAGGUACAUUUUUAUGCAUCUACGGGGUUUUAGAAAGGAGAUAUGAAAGAGUUAAGAGAUAGCAGAAAUAUAAUGAGAGUGAAUGAGAGUUUGUGCUCUCUGGAAAACUGUUUGUCCUGCAGCAGUGGGAGACACGCUGGGUGAAAGUAGACAGAAAUACCUUCGUUUUGAUGUAUAAACUGUACAUGUGGAGAUGAAACUGUUGACAUGACUGUGGUUUAAAUCAAAGAGUUUCUGAAUUCAUCCUGGCCUGAUUUUAUCUGGUAAAAACUGAUAAUGUUUUAAUAAUUAUGCAGCUUUUUAGUCUCAGAUUUAUUGUUUUUCUUGCCCAAGCUAACGCUUUAAAACUAUUUUGUGAUUUGAACCUGGCUUUAUUGUACCAGUUAAUCUUAAAUAAAUAGUUUUUUGCAGAGAGAUGUUAUCUGCCUAAAAGAAAUAUGGAAAUGGGUUGCAUAUUUGAAAGAAAUUGAUGGCUUAUUAGAAAGAAUAUCUUAACAAAAACUAUAAUUGAGGCUGUUAAAAUAUCUGUUUAAAAGAAACAGACUUUUAUUAAAAGCAUUCAGAUGUG